UCCGCUGUCGGUGCCUCUGUGGACUGUGUUGUGGUCGGCGGCGGUAUCAGCGGCCUCUGCAUCGCGCAGGCGCUCUCCACCAAGCACGCCAAGGCCGCCGCGAACGUCGUCGUUACCGAGGCCCGAGACCGAGUUGGAGGCAACAUCACCACCGUCGAGAGGGACGGUUAUCUGUGGGAGGAAGGUCCCAACAGUUUCCAGCCCUCUGAUCCCAUGCUUACCAUGGUGGUGGAUAGUGGUCUGAAGGAUGAACUUGUUCUUGGUGAUCCUAAUGCGCCACGAUUUGUGUUGUGGAAUGGGAGAUUGAGGCCAGUGCCUGGGAAGCCAACUGAUUUACCUUUCUUUGAUUUGAUGAGCUUUGGUGGCAAGCUAAGAGCUGGCUUUGGUGCACUUGGAAUUCGACCUCCUCCUCCAGGUCACGAGGAAUCAGUUGAAGAGUUUGUGCGCCGUAACCUUGGAGAUGAAGUUUUUGAACGCCUAAUAGAACCUUUUUGUUCUGGUGUCUAUGCGGGUGACCCUUCAAAAUUAAGUAUGAAAGCGGCAUUUGGAAAAGUUUGGAGGCUUGAACAAAAUGGCGGAAGCAUUAUUGGUGGCACUUUCAAAGCAAUACAAGAGAGAAAGAGUACUUCAAAACCUCCUCGAGAUCCGCGCCUGCCAACACCAAAGGGCCAAACCGUUGGAUCUUUCCGGAAGGGACUUAUCAUGUUGCCAGAGGCAAUUUCUGCAAAGUUAGGCAACAAAGUGAAGUUAUCCUGGAAGCUUUUGGGUAUUAGUAAACUGGAUAGUGGAGAGUACAGUUUGACAUAUGAUACGCCAGAGGGAGUAGUCUCUUUGCAGACAAAAAGUGUUGUCAUGACCAUUCCUUCGCAUGUUGCCAGUACAUUGUUGCGUUCCAUCUCUGAGACUGCUGCAGACGCACUUUCAAAGUUUUAUUACCCUCCAGUUGCUGCGGUUUCUGUUUCCUAUCCAAAGGAAGCUAUUCGAUCAGAAUGCUUGAUAGAUGGUGAAUUGAAAGGGUUUGGUCAAUUGCACCCACGCACCCAAGGGGUGGAAACAUUAGGAACUAUAUACAGCUCAUCACUGUUCCCUAACCGAGCACCAGAUGGAAGGGUUCUACUCUUGAACUACAUCGGAGGCGCUACUAAUCCUGGAAUUUUAUCAAAGACGGAUAGUGAACUUGUUGAAGCAGUAGAUCGAGAUUUGAGAAAAAUGCUCAUAAACCCAAAUGCCGGGGAUCCAUUCGCGUUGGGGGUGAGAGUUUGGCCUCAAGCUAUUCCACAGUUCUUAGUUGGCCAUCUUGAUCUGCUAGAUAUUGCUAAAUCUUCUCUCAAAAAUACUGGGUUUGAGGGGCUGUUCCUUGGGGGCAACUAUGUCUCGGGCGUUGCAUUGGGUCGAUGUGUUGAGGGAGCCUAUGAGAUAGCUGCCGAAGUAGAUGAUUUUCUUGCACAGAAGGUUUACAAAUAGUGGUAAUAUUUGUUUCCCGUUGAAUUGUAAUAGCAACUUUGCUCAAAUCAGGCACUUCAGGUCCUUGGCAGAUUCAGUUGCAUAUAGAUGCGGAUUUCAGAUGUAUUUAGCAAAGUAGUUCUCACAGUUACUCCACCCUUCCCCUCUGAUCUGAUAGGCUUAGUAGAUUUUGACCUGUUAUGACAAUCCAGGCAAUAUUCUGAAACAAUUGGACGAGUGUCAUGAUUGUAGGUCUUGUUUCUGAAAUUUUUACAUUUUGAUUUUAUUUUAUAGUUUUCUUGUGUGGUUCUAAUCCUCAAA